GGAGAGCCGGGGCCGCGCUUGCCAGAGGCUCGGAUGGGGGGUUCGGGCAGCCGCCUGCCCCGCGACCUGCUGGGCGAGUACCAGGAGCUGACCUUCCUGAGCAAGCAGGAGAUCCUGCUCGCCCACAAGCGCUUCUGCCAGCUGCUGCCCCGGGAGACGCGCGGCCAGGCCCUGCAGACGCGCGUGCCCAAGAGCCGCCUCCUGACGCUGCCCGAGCUGCGGGCGAACCCCUUCCGGAACAGGAUCUGCCGCGUCUUCUCCACGGCGGAGAACGGCGAGGACGGCCUGACCUUUGAGGACUUCCUGGACCUGCUGAGCGUCUUCAGCGACUCGGCCACCCCCGAAAUCAAGUCGCAUUACGCCUUCCGCCUUUUCGAUUCCGAUGAUGAUGGCACUCUAGACAAGAAGGAUUUGGAGAAUCUGGUGAACUCCCUGACAGGAGAAGGAGAAGACAGCAGGCUGAGCUCAUCAGAGAUGGAGCAGCUCAUUCAGAAUAUCUUGGAGGAAUCUGAUAUUGACAAAGAUGGGACCAUCAACCUCUCCGAGUUCCAGCAUAUAAUUUCCCGCUCUCCAGACUUCACCAGCUCCUUCAAGAUUGUCCUCUGAUUCUUCCCGAAGAUUCCACAUCUCGGAAAAUGGCUCAUUUUUCUCACAGGACACAUGAACCCAAACCUUGACGCCGUCUAAUUCUUAGAGCCACUUAAAUCAUGGCCUUGCAAUCAUAUCCAUUGGCUGGUGUUUCUGUAGGGAGGGGCGGGGCAAGGACAUUGGCAGCUGUGGCUGGUAUUCUUUGCUCCCGCCUCACCGGGUGGUUCUGGGCGAUGGCUUGGGGUUGCUGCUGUGGCAGAUCAAAAAAAGAGCGAACUGUGGCAGGGCUUUAAAGUCACUCCUGUUGCUUUCUGCUUUGUCAUAGAACAACGGAGACUUUCCCAAUUAAACCCUGCUGGGCAUAGUGGAAGGUCUGAAUCACCGGACCAGUUUUCUUGCUUUCUGAAUGGUGGGGAAGAGCACCACCCAUAAGCCAGCCUCUUUUGAGUUUUUUCUUUCCAUGAUUUUGUCUGAUUUCUACACUUUUGCUAAAUAAAACUCAACAAAUGGAACCCA